CUGCUGUGUUGUUAUUGGGCAUUUCUCACAGCAUUCAGCUCAGCCCUGUCCAUCGGCCUGCUACGGUUCCAUCUGACCGUCCACAGGGAGUCUGACCCGGGCAUUUUUUACCAGAGACACACCGCUGACACUCAGAGACAGCCGCACUCGGUGGGCCUCAAAGGGGAGUUUUGAAGCAAGAAGUGGGUGGAACUGUCUGGAGAAGGUUCAGCGGGGGCAAGCAGACAGUCUCUUCUCACCAACCAUGUCAAACGAACGCACCCCUUUGAUCACCUCAGGCCUGUGUGGUCUGACCACAGUGGCAUGCGUCGCGAGGUCGGACAUCACCCCUGAAUCCAGCUCUGGGACACCAAGUAAAGACCCUCGAAAACUGAACACUUUUUUUGGGGUGAUGGUGCCAACCAUCCUCUCCAUGUUCAGCAUCGUGCUGUUUCUGAGAACCGGGUUUGUGGUUGGUCAUGCUGGGCUGUUACAGGGUCUUUUAAUGUUGAUUGUAGCCUACACCAUUAUAUCUCUUACAAUACUGUCCAUCUGUGCCAUUUCCACAAAUGGUGCCAUACAAGGUGGUGGGGCCUACUACAUGAUAAGUCGGUCUCUAGGCCCAGAGUUUGGAGGAAGCAUCGGUUUGAUGUUCUUCCUGGCCAAAGUGUGUGCAUGUGGAGAAUACGUCCUUGGUCUUGUGGAGGCGAUACUUGACGUAUUUGGUGUGGAUCCUGAGUCAUCUGUGUCCGGGGGGGUGCGGGUGCUUCCUCAGGGUUACUGGUACACAGUGCUGUACUCCUCUGUAAUCCUCCUGCUCUGUCUGCUUGUCUGCCUGGUGGGCGCCCACAUCUACUCCCGCACCGCCUUCGCCAUCCUGCUGGUGGUCACUGUAUCCUUGCUGUCCAUCUUCAUCAGUUCUGUGGCGGUCAAACCUCGUGAUUUUGUCAUUACCCACCGGGGGUCCGGCAACCAGACCCUCCACUACAACGCCAGCUAUACGGGCUUCAAUGCUACCACUCUGAGAAACAACCUGGGCUCUGGUUACACUCUGGACUACAGCACCAACUCUGUCAUGUCUUUUGCCACCGUGUUUGCCGUCAUGUUUACCAGCUGCACUGGGAUCAUGGCCGGAGCGAACAUGUCAGGGGAGCUGAAGACUCCGAGUGUUUCCAUCCCUAAUGGCACCAUCGUAGCUGUCUUUUACACCUUCACAGUCUACAUCCUCCUCUUCAUUUUGGUCAGCGCCACCUGUGACAGGGCCCUGUUGAUCCAGGAUUAUGGGUUCCUCCAGAAAAUAAACAUCUGGCCGCCGUUUGUCACCAUCGGGAUAUACUGCGCCUCUCUGUCAGCCGCAAUGUGUGCUAUGAUCGGAGCGUCUCGUAUCCUCCACGCUCUUGCUCUGGAUCACCUCUUUGGUCUGCCAUUAGCCCCGGCUGCCAUGAUGUCAAGCUCGGGGAAUCCGUGGGUGGCAGUGCUGUACACCUGGGGUCUGGCACAGUGCGUGGUGUUUGCAGGCCAGCUCAACGCUAUAGCAAGCUUGGUGACUGUUUUCUACUUGCUUGCCUACGCUGCUGUUGACCUGGCGUGUUUGGCUCUUGAGUGGGCGUCGGCACCAAAUUUCAGACCGACCUUCCAGCUCUUCUCCUGGCACACCUGCCUGCUGGGGAUUCUGAGCUGUUUAGUGAUGAUGUUCGUCAUUAAUCCCGUGUACUCGUCGGGGAGCAUCGUCCUCCUGUUACUGCUGCUGCUUUUCCUCCACUACAGAUCGCCCACCAGCAGCUGGGGCUACAUCAGCCAGGCUCUCAUUUUCCAUCAGGUGCGUAAGUAUCUUUUGAUGCUGGAUGUGAGGAAAGACCAUGUGAAGUUCUGGAGGCCGCAGGUGUUGUUAAUGGUGGCCAACCCUCGCUCGUCCUGUCAGCUCAUCCUGUUUGUCAACCAGCUGAAGAAGGGAGGACUGUUUGUGUUGGGCCACGUGCAGCUGGGAGAUCUGGACAUUCUGCCAUCAGACCCGGUCCAGCAGCAGUACAACUUCUGGUUGAGCCUAGUUGAUAAACUCGGGGUGAAGGCCUUUGUAGACCUGACGCUGUCUCCCUCCGUCAGACAGGGAACACAGCAUCUGCUGCGCAUCACUGGCCUAGGCGGCAUGAAGCCCAACACACUGGUUUUGGGUUUCUAUGACAGCAGCACUCCUGAGGACUUCUUCCUACAAGAUACUGCGUUCUGUGAGUCUUCGCUGGAACGUGGGAGUGAGGGUGAAUACAAUUUUGGGGUUGACUUGCCUUCAUUACAGGCCCAUUUCCCCCCAGUCCGACAUGUUGAGAGCCCACGCUGGCUUUCACCAGAGGAGUAUGUAGGGAUAAUUUCUGACGCCAUCAAAAUGAGCAAGAACGUGUGCCUUGCCCGCCAUUUCUUCCAGUUAGAGGGAGAGGGGAAAGACAGCAAGGUUGACGGGUCCGACCGGACUAUAGAUGUGUGGCCUCUCAACCUGCUUCAGCCAGGCAGCCGUGAUUAUGAGGAUGUGUGCAGCCUGUUUCUGCUGCAGAUGGCCUGUGUGCUCAACAUGUCCAGCAAAUGGCGCCAUGCAAGAAUGAGGAUCUUCCUGAAUGUGGAGACCGAGUCCAGUGACCAGGGCUGGGUGGUAAACGAAGAGACGUUCCGAGAGUUGCUGAGGAAGCUGAGGAUCAGGGCGUCGAUAAAGAUCGUGCCGUGGGACUCGGUGGUGCAGCACCACAUUGAGCCGGACGGGGAGCGUUCAGCAGAGCCAAUACAAGCUCUGUCUGAGGACUUCUUGUCCGCAGUGAACUGUAUGUUGAUGGAGCACAGCUCGCAAGCUGCUGUUCGCUUCCUGUAUUUACCUCGACCUCCUGGUCAUCACAGCCAAUCACAGCAGUACUUGGCUCAGCUAGAAGCAGUGACCAAUAGUUUAGGGCCAACGCUCCUGAUUCACGGUGUCACCCCUGUCACAUACACUGAUCUGUGAGCAUUUGCAUUCAUGAGUUUUGUUCCUGUUUGACAUUUGAUAUUGUACAUGUAGCCAGGUCUUAUCUGACUGCUCAUUUAACACAAGCAUAGUAUAAACUGUGGUUACAUGUAAAAUAAACACAUCAUGUAAUGAAACGUAGAUGCUAAGGUACAUCACAGGUUACUUAACUUUCACCUAAUGCAGCUUUUUUGUUGUUGUACUGAGGCUUAGAAAAGAACCACAGAGUGCAUUUUGACAAUACAUCAACUGAGGUUUUUGUAUUCAAAUAGGAUAUUUUCCUAGUUUCAUAUACUUGAACUGGCUUGGUGGUUUAACCAAGAAAUGGGAGAAUAUUAAUGUCUGUGUGCGUGAUUUCUGUUGAUAUAACCUCUUGUUUCAAUUAGCUUUAAGCCUGUCUUUUUACACAAGACAGAAAUAAAAAUGUGUCAAAGGCU